UCCCUUCGGCGCCCCCCCGAGGCCGCUAUGACGCGGCACGGCAAGAACUGCACGGCCGGGGCCGUUUACACCUACCAUGAGAAGAAGAAAGACACGGCGGCCUCCGGUUACGGCACCCAACGGCUCCGCAUCGGCCGCGACGCGGUCAAGGACUUCGACUGCUGCUGCCUCUCCCUGCAGCCCUGCCGGGACCCCGUGGUCACCCCCGAUGGGUUCCUGUACGAGCGCGAGGCCAUCGUGCAGUACCUGCUGCACCGCAAGGGGGAGCUGGCGAGGCAGAGGAAGGCCUAUCGGCGGCAGCAGCAGCAAGAGCGGGAGCAGCAGAAGCAGAAACAGAGCCCCCUGGCGGCCGGCGGGAGCAGUGAUGACCCCGGCCCCUCUGGGACCCUCCCAAGCUUCUGGAUCCCAUCCUUGACCCCCGAGGCUGGAGCUGAGCGGCUGCGCAAGCCGGCGGGGGGCGCGCGGUGCCCCAUGAGUGGGCGCCGCCUGCGCCUGCGGGACCUGGUUCCCGUUCGCUUCGCGCCGCUGGAGCCGGGGCUGCGGCGCCCCCAGCUCCUGGCGCGGGCCCCGGGCUCCCGGUACCGGUGCGCGGUGAGCGGGGACCCCCUGGGCAACGGCAGCGCCUGCGCGGUGCUGCGGCCGUCGGGGGCCGUGGUGACGCUGGACUGCGUGGAGCGCCUCAUCCGCAAGGAGAUGAAGGACCCGGUGACGGGGGAGCCCCUGAGCGAGGGGGACAUCAUCGUCCUGCAGCGGGGUGGAACCGGAUUCGCCGGCUCCGGGAUCUGUUUGGAAGCGCAGAAAUCCCGGCCCGUGAUGCAGGCGUAGGGGGGGCCCCAACCCCCCGUGCCCCACAGCUGCCCCACAAGUGCCCCCCAGUGCCCCACA